AGAGCGACAGCAGCCAGAAGAACGCAGAAGUUGCACAGUGGCCGCUGCUUUGCUACUAGUUGUAGUAGUAGUUAUCAACCCCAAGAUGCUAGUGGAUAUUUCCCAGUGGAACGGACCCCUGGCUCUACAAGAGGUGGAGGAGCAGCCAAAAUACCCCCUGAAAGUCGCUUUUGGAUCUGUUUGCGUGGAGGAGUUGGGGCAAGUGCUGACACCCACCCAGGUUCAGCACUGCCCAAACAUUGAGUGGGAGAGUAUGGACAGUAGCAAACUCUAUACAGUGAUAUUCACAGAUCCUGAUGUCCCCAGCAGAAAGGAGUGUCAUCUUGGGGAAUGGCACCACUUUCUUGCAGUCAAUGUGAAAGGAAAUGAUCUGAGUAGUGGCUGCAUCCUUACUGCUUAUGUGGGGUCAGGUCCUGGUAAGGGAACAGGGCUUCACAGGUACACAAUUCUGGUGUACGAGCAGGCUGGACGAGUUCAGUGUACUGAACGAAUUUUGGGCAACACUUCUGCUGAGCAUCGAGGGAAAUUUAAAGCAUCGGAAUUUCGUAAGAAAUACAAGCUUGCAGCCCCUAUUGCUGGCACCUGUUUCCAAGCCGAAUGGGAUGAUCAUGUUCCUAAACUCUACAAACAGCUGGGGGUGUAAUGAUGAACACAAACAGUUAAACCUCUUUCUACAUUCCACCUAUUUUAUUUACAGUUUAACAUGUCUUUAUUUGUGUUUGAAUCCUAAAAGUUUCACAAAUGUUACAUAUGUUUAUAGUGGCACAAUAAAAUCUCAGCAUUGUUAUCAACACCUAAAGUGCCUCAGGUGGCAGCAGACUUAACCCCCCCCCCCCCCCCCUCUUUUUAAACGUUUUUAUUUUGCAAUUUUCUACAUAACUUAAGGCACAGAAAGGUAUAAAGAAGAAAAAUAAGAAAGCUGCCUUACAUCAAGGUACACAUUUUAUACCAGAAACAUGAUACACCAUGGGUUCCCAGCUCCACUCCACACUUUUAACAAGUGUCUUGGGUGCCUGUAUAUAUUUUGACUGGUUUAUUUGAAUCUAAAUAAAGUAUUUGAAGAAA